CCAAUGGCACCGCCCCGAGUCAACCCCUCUCCCACAAACCCACCCGCCCCGCAAUGCAAUCGCGUCACGCCGCUCCCCCAUGAGAUGACCCCUCGCCCGCCGCCGUUCCAUGGGCUCGCCGCUAGGCCCGCUACCACUGAUGCGACGGCGGCAUCCGCUGCUCGCUCUCCCCGCCCUCAUCGUCGUCCUCGGCGCCGUCGUCCGUGCGGGGAAGAUCGCCACGGAGGUGGUCGUGCCGGACUUCGCGGCGUCGUACCUGCUGUUCAUUGACACCUACGGCGUGUUCCUCCAGUCCCGCGGCGGCGCGUUCCAGGCCGUGGUGUACAACCCGGCGGGGCAGCAGGACCGGUACUACCUCGCCGUGCUGCACGCGCCGUCCAGGACCUGCGUCUGGGUGGGCAACCGCGACGCGCCCAUCACCGACCGCGCCGCGCCGCUGCGCCUCACGGCGCGGGGGAUCUCCGCCGAGGACCCCAACGGGACGGCCGUGUGGUCGACUCCGCCGUUCGGAUCCCCCGUGGCGGCGCUCCGGCUCGAUGAUUCCGGCAACCUCGCGCUGCUCGAUGGGAAGAACCGCAUGCUCUGGCAGUCGUUCGACCGGCCGGCCGACGUGCUGGUGUCGACGCAGCGGCUCCCCGUCGGGGCCUUCUUGGCGUCGGCCGUGUCGGACUCGGACUACAGGGAGGGGGGUUACAGGCUCGACGUGACGGCGGCCGACGCGACGCUGGCAUGGAGCGGGUCACUGUACUGGGUCCUGUCCAAUGAGGCCAAAGCCACAAGGGAUCGCGACGGCGCCGUCGCGUUCAUGGCCGUGAACGGCACCGGCGUGUACCUUCUCGGGGCGGACGACGCCGUCCUCAUCCAGCUCCCCUUGCCGGCGGCCGAGCUGCGUAUCUUCAAGCUGGGCGUGGACGGGAAGCUGCAGAUCACGAGCUACGCGUCGGCGAACGCCUCGUCGCCGUCGCCGACGGACGCUGGGUUCGUGGCGCCGGACGGUGGGUGCGAGCUGCCGCUAUCCUGCGGCGCUCUCGGGUUUUGCUCUCCCAACGGAAACGCCUCCAGCUGCACGUGCCCGCCGCUGUUCGCGUCGUCGCAUGACGGUGGCUGCGCGCCGGCCGAUGGCUCCACGUUGAUGUCCGCCGCCUCCUGCGGCGGUGCCGGUGGUGUUGCCGUGCCGACCUCUUACGUCAGCCUUGGCAACGGCGUCGCGUACUACGCUAAUAGGUUCUCGCGGCCAGACAUGGCCGGCUCCAACGGAUCGUCGUGCCAAGCGCUCUGCUCCAGCAACUGCUCCUGCUUCGGUUACUUCUACGACUCGUCGUCGUUGUCUUGCUACUUGGUGCGGCACCAGCUCGGCUCCGUGAUAAAUGCCAACACGACAAGACGAGGCGACAUGGCCGGUUUCAUCAAGGUCCAGAGCUCGCAGCCACCAGGGUCGACGAGCGGUUCGUCUUCCAACAGCACCCUCAUCGCCAUCCUCCUCCCGACGAUUGUCGCGUUUGUGCUCGUCGUCGUCGUCGGCGCCCUCGUCAUCGUGUCUUGGCGUAAGCAAGACCGGCGCGAGGGGAGGCGGACUUCGCGAUCGACGAGGGACAUGCAGCUCCGGCGGCACCGCUCGCCGGCGUCGGACUCCGCGCACCUUGUCUACGGGAAUGACGACGACGGCGACGACAUUGUGAUCCCUGGACUCCCCACCAGGUUCACCCAUGAAGAGAUCGAGGACGUCACCAACAGCUUCCGCAUCAAGAUCGGCUCCGGCGGGUUCGGGGCGGUGUACAGAGGCGAGCUCCCCGACGGCUCCGUCGUGGCGGUGAAGAAGAUUGAAGGCGUUGGGAUGCAGGGCAAGCGUGAGUUCUGCACGGAGAUCGCCGUCAUCGGCAACAUCCGCCACGUCAACCUCGUCCGCCUCCGCGGAUUCUGCGCCGAGGGCCAGCGCCGCCUCCUCGUGUACGAGUACAUGAACCGCGGCUCCCUCGACCGGCCCCUGUUCCGGCCGGCCGCCGGCCAGCCGCUCGAGUGGAAGGAGCGGAUGGAGGUGGCGAUCGGAGCGGCGAGGGGGCUCGCGUACCUCCACUUCGGCUGCGACCAGAGGAUCAUCCACUGCGACGUCAAGCCGGAGAACAUCCUCCUCGCCGACGGCGGCCAGGUGAAGAUCGCCGAUUUCGGGCUGGCGAAAUUCCUCACGCCGGAGCAGUCGGGGCUCUUCACGACGAUGCGUGGCACGCGCGGGUACCUCGCGCCGGAGUGGCUCACCAACACGGCGAUCACCGACCGCACCGACGUAUACAGCUUCGGGAUGGUUCUCCUCGAGCUGGUGCGCGGCCGCAAGAACCGCAGCGAGCACGUGAGCGACGGCGGCGCCGGCGGCGGCGGCGGCGGCGGCGACGAUGACUCCAAGUCCUCGAAUGAGACGACGGGCAGCACGUCGCGCGGCGCACGGAGCGACUACUUCCCGCUCAUGGCGUUGGAGGGACACGAGGUGGGGCAGUACGCCGAGCUGGCCGAUCCGCGGCUGGAAGGGAAGGUGAACGCCGGCGAGGUGGAGAGGGUGAUAAAGGUGGGGCUUUGCUGCCUCCACGAGGACCCACAGCUGCGGCCGAGCAUGGCGAUGGUCGCCGGCAUGCUCGAGGGCACCAUGGAGCUCUGGGAGCCGGGCGUGCAGUCGCUCGGGUUCCUCCGUUUCUACGGCCGGGGGUUCGCCGGGCCAGCCGACGGCUCGGGCAGCGGCGCCAUCAAGCAGGCCAUGCCGGGUUCCAACGGUGACCGCACAAGGUCUGGAACGACGACACUGACGACGAUGAGCGGGUGGCCGUCAUACAUGUCGGCGGCGCAGCUCUCCGGGCCGAGAUAGGGCGGCGCUCGCCGGCAAGAAAAUUGUUCUGUCAGCGAUAGGUUGUACGGUUGCAUUGAUCAUUUUGGUUCAUUUUGUAAACAAGAGGUAUUAACUUUGUGCGUCGUGAGGUCUACAGAAUUUUUUGUUGUUUU